AUGCCACGCUCAUGCACCAGACCGACCUCCUCUAUGGUCUUGCUUUUUGCCCUCAUCCUCAGCAUUGCUCUGUGUUUCCUGUCUUCCCCGGUCUCGGCAUCGGAUUCCAAGCCCGCCGCCACCCCGGACUUGAUAUGCCACACGGAUGACCCAAAGGACUGUUACCCCCGUAUCUUUGAGGCUACAGACGAGUUUCAGCAGGUUCAUGAUGAUCAACAGCUGCCCCAAGGACUCCAUGUCCGCAUGGAUAUCUGGACCGGCAAGAAGGAGGCCAAGAUUAAUGUCCCUGAUGAGAUUGACCCGGCGCUAGAAGGCCUGCCUAUAGACCAGGCCAUGGUAGUUGUGGAACCUCAAGAGCAUAUCGAUGAGCCUGUUAUUCCCAAGGGAGCUCCUCAAUAUGAGGCAGUUGGCAAAGUCAAGGGCCCUGAGCAUGAAGCACUCUCCUUUCACGAAGCAAUGACCAUGCUCAAAACGGGCGUUGUUGCUGGUGAAAAGAGCUUUGAUGCCCUCUUGGAGGAUAUGGAAGAGCUCUCUCAUGAUAUUUAUUAUGGUCUCAAGAUUGCCGAGGAUCCCGAAGUAGUCAAGUCGCUCUUCUGUCUCAUGGCUGACCAAAGCGCAGCAUCCAUUGACGGUGCCUUGCCCCGAGACCAACAGGCUGCUUCCAUCUUGUCUGGCAGCUUGCAAAACAACCCCUCGUCCUUGGCUGAAGUCGUCAAGAAUUGGAAGGACAUUAUGCAGCACUCAUGCCCCAAGGACAAGACCCUACUGCGCGAUUGCCUCUACUCCAGCUUGACACCAGGCGACAUCAGUGACAAGGCCAAGUCGACAGCCUCCGCAGCCAAGCUCAAGGCCAAGGUUGCCGCAAUUAAUGGCCUUAUCAAGGAUGCUUCGAUUCGCAAGGAAUUUCUUGAGAGCGGCGGAAUGCGCCAGCUUCAGCAAAUCCUUUUGCCCGAAGGCAAGGAGUGGGCAGGUGCCCAGCGCAAGGUUGGCCAGCUUGCACUUGAUAACUUCCUAGACGAGGACAUGGGCGCUACUCUUGGCGAGUGGCCUCGCCGUGGUAAGCUGGAUGACAAGUCUUGCGCCAGCUCUGCGUUCCGCGUGGAAGAGGGAUGCUGGGACUACCACGUUGCCCGCAUCACGAAGGCCAACAAAGGCGAUAAGAGCCAUUGGAGCCGCGACCUGACGAAUAAGCUUGGCGCUAUCCGCAAGAAGGGUGGCCCAGCCAGCAGAAUACACCAGGAACUAUAA